AUGGCCAAUCCCGACCUCAUCGCCGCAGCCCAAGAGUCCUGGACCAAAGACCAAACCGGUGCUUUCGCUCUGCAGCACUCGUCGCUCUGGGGCGGCUUCCUCAAACUGCCAGAUUUACAAUCGUAUGAAGAAUACUCUGCGCUUCCGCCAGAUCUCCAAGAAUUCCUAUCCAGAGACCAAGUCCCCGCGUACGAGUUCCUCAACAACUCGAUACUGUGGCCGCCGGGUACACAAUUGGGGGCAGGAAACACCUACAUGACUUUCAUCGCUUUUCUCAUGAACCCGCAAUCCAGCGGCUCCAUCAAACUGCGGUCCAAAAAUGCAUCUGACAAGCCAAUCAUCACGUUGAACUACCUCACGCACCCCUACGACGUCCGCAUCUUCCGCGAAGCUAUCCGCAGCACAUGGACGAAGCUGACAGGUAACCCUACUAUCGCGCCGCAUAUCGUGCGCACGGUUCUAGGCCCUGACUCCAUGGAAGAUGUGGAUGUGGAUCGGUUUGCGAGUGAGAAUGCGGGUACCGUGUGGCAUGCUUGCGGGACGUGCAAGAUGGGCAAGGAAAGUGAUGAAGAGGCAGUUGUGGACAAAAACUUCAGGGUUCGAGGAGUGGAGGGGCUGAGAGUUGUUGAUAUGAGUGUUGCGCCGGUCGUGACGAACAACCACUCGCAGGCUACGGCCUAUUUGAUUGCGCAAAAGGCAGCGGAGAAGAUGGUCCAAGAGUAUGGGCUGGACAGGGAGGGCUGA